ACUCAUGUGACUUCUCAAGAGCACAAAGUGUGUGGUUUUAAGUUUUAAACUAAGGGAAGCCUAGGAGAGGCAGCAGCAGUGAACCUUCCCUGUGGCCGUCCCCAGGACCAUUCCAGCCCAGCCAUGAAGAAAGGGUUAGUGGUGCUGCCAAUACUUGUCUUCUGUGCCGUAAUUUUGAGCUACUACAGUGUUAUAAUGAAUAGAAAAUUGGUAGAUGUCAGCAGAUACCCAGGCCACGUCAUCUACCCGACCAGCCAUGCCUCCCAGAACACAGUCCAAAGGGAAGCAACAGACAGCUACGCCACUGUCUUUGGCUGGCAAAUAACUCAGGCAACCUUGAAAACAAUAGCUACCCAGUCAACGAGGACAAGCACACAGUCAGCUGGUCUAACAACCUUCACUGAUGGAAGUACAAAGAUGCCGCAAGAUAGCACCCAAACCACAACCAUGGUGAACACAGACAUCCCAGCUCCUCCUGGGUCAUCCACCAGCACACCUAGCACAGACUGGUCAAGCACACCCAUGGCCCAGACAACUAUGGCGGCUUGGUCGACAGCUAGUCACACAACCUUAGGAAUGGGUCCAAUCACGACCCCACCAGACAACAAGACCUCCCUGACAACAUCUGGGACCACAGCCCCAGCCAAGGGAAAGACCACCCGGGAUGCUAGCAUUACAACCACACAGCACCUCACUGCCACCAUUUCAUCAAGCAUGACAACUGUGGGGCCCACGCUUGUUCCGCAGUCAUCAUCCCCUCCAACAGGGACCUACCUAGUUUACAGUGGAAGUAGGGCAUGCAUGAAGGCUGACAUGGGAGUACAGCUGCUCAUUCAGGACAAGAAGAUGUAUCAGUCAUCUCAAAUGUACUUCAAUCUCAACCCCAAUGUGACUCAAGCAUCAGGAAGUUGUGGCCCCCAGAGAAGCAACCUUCUCCUGACUUUCCCAGGUGGAUCUGUGAACUUGACCUUCGUGAAGGCAAAACAGUCCUAUCACAUAGAAAUGGUGGCGGCCUCUUUGACUAUUUCAGCCUUAGCGAAAGUCUACAGUGGCCUGAAAGGUGGGCUGACUAUGUUUGAGACCAAGGUGGGGCACUCCUUCAAGUGUAUCAGUGAACAGAGUCUUCAGCUAUCAUCUCAUCUCCAGGUGCACACUGUUAAUGUUCAACUCCAAGCCUUUGAUUUUGAUGGUGAACACUUUGGGAAUGUGAUCGAGUGCACAUCCGACUACACAAUUGUGAUUCCAGUGAUUGUCGUGAUAGUCAUUCCUCUCUGCAUCCUGGUCUUGGUUUUCUGCGGAAUUCGUCUGAGGAGGAAAUCCUUGGGAUACCAGAGGAUCUAGUCGGUAUCAAGAAUCCCAGAAGAAAUGAAAGAGUUUGGAAUUCUUCUAUCAUCUCCAAGACCUUAGGGAAUUCCUUUGUAGCAUGUUCUUAGAGUAACAUUCGCUGCGCUAGUCUCAAACCCCAGCAUUUCCCAAAUGUUCACGGUUUGGUGCCGGAGAGACGAGGUAGGAGGGGCUUGUGUGACAAGAUUUAGUUGGUUAUUGAAGGGCCCUAAUUGGUUUCCCCAGUAAAAGGCGUUCCAUCAAAGGACACAAGAGCACCAGAAUAACAAAAUACUCUGUGAAAGGGAACAAGCCUUCGCGCCUGGCCGUCCCCCAGCCGGCUGUUAAAGAGACCUGCACUGCUUGUUGUUAGUUUUUUUCAUUUGUUCGGGAGAUGUGGCCUCCUUGGCCAAAAGUUAGACUUUCUUUUUUGUCUUUGACAUUAUCAAGGUAUUUUCUCACUCUGGGCUUCGGUUUUCUCAUUUGUAAAAUGGGAGGAUUAGUCUCCUGGCCUCUAGGGCACCUUCCAGCUCUAAAUUCAUGAACCUAUGACCUCUGGGCCUCAGUUCCCUGGGGGGGCGGGGGGUUGGAUCCCAUGGCUUCUAGCUCUAGAUCUGUGUUCUUUGGAACUCUGCCAAGGAGAAUGCAAAGGCAGUGCUUUUGCUGGCUCUUUAGUUUGUGAUAUGAGCAUGCUAGUCGAUACCCUAGAAUUUUGAUGUAAGGUGGUAAAAUUUUUUUAAAAAAUGAACGUCUAUAUCUUAUAUACGCAUUUAUACAAAUGUUUGUUUUUCAUCUUUCGAUCCCCCCCUCCUAGCACAGAGCCUUGUACACAGUUGGAAUUUAAUAAAUGUUUGCUGAAUUGAAUAGAAUUGAACUGAAUUGAAUUAUAUAUACUCCUCUCUUAAAGCAACAAUUGACUGAAGGGAGAAACAGAUUAAUGGGUAUAAAUAAGAAACCAGAAAAUCUACUCCCAGCAUCACAGAUUUAAGGUGGAGACCUUGGAAAGUAUGUCAUCAAACGCCCUCAUUUUACAGUCAGUUGGUCAACAAUUAUUCAUUAAGCACUUUGUGCAUGCUUGCCACUAUAAUACAUACUUGGGGUCCAAAGAAAGGCAAAAACAGCCCCU